AUGGGGCCACUCACUGGUAAGAGCCAGUGGAUCAAAGGCCUUCAAAGGUCCAGCCGCAAGGGACCCCGCCCUCAGAACAUCCUAAGCAGCGGGCGGACGGGGGAGGUCGCCCCGGUGCCCCUGUGGUCUCUGCUGACGCAGGGCCGUGCACCAGACCAAGCGGCGGGAGGAAACGCCACCAUACUGGUGGGCCUUAGGGGGAAAACGGGUGACCACCUCGCCCUUGAAGGUCGCCUGCCCGCCGCCCCCGUGGACACGUGGCCCGGAAACACGAAAACCAGGGACCGCUCUGCCCUCGCCCUACAGGCGCUCAGCCUUCCCGUCCUUACAAGUGCUCACAACCCCAUGGUCCAGGGCCCGUGUCCCCCGCGGGUGGCAGGCUCCCGGAGGCCAAGGGCUCGUUCGUCCUGUUGUCCGCUCCGACCCCCGGAGAUGUAUGAACUGCUUGAGCAGAUGGUAACUGGAAGAAUCUUCCAACUCCAGGCUGACCUAUGUGACCUCUCCGUUGCUUCCAGAAACUGGAAAGUUUCCAAGGUUUUACAAAGAGCUGGGAUUGAAGUUGAUGAAAAAGGAGCUGAGGCAGUGACGGGAACCCUGUUAGAAACGACUGCUGAUUCCAUGCCUCCCAUCAUCUGAAUAGACCAGCCACGUCAUUUCAUGAUCUAUGAAGAAACCUCUGGAAUGCUUCUAUUUCGGGGCAGGGUGGUGAACCCAGCUCCCCUACGAUUUCAGACACGUGUGAGUACACAGUGCUCCAGGAGAUGCCGGACCCGAGGUAGCUGAGCCCACAUGGGUUAUUGGCACCUGGCGGCAGAAGAGAGUGUCCCCCUCGUCCUCUGCUGGUCUGAGCCAUCCUCAGAGAAAUCCGACUAUUACAUUCA